AUGACUUUUUGUGAGCAUAUUGAGCGUUUGAUGAAUAAGUAUUGGUGGCAAUCGAAGCAAAAUGGAGGGGGAGGUGUAAGGUGGUUGUCUUGGAACCGCAUGUCUUUGUCAAAAUCUGAAGGUGGUAUUGGUUUUAAAAAUCUGCAUAAAUUCAAUGUAGCUCUUUUAGCUAAGCAGGGAUGGAGAAUGUUGGAUAAUCCUGAGUCUGUGGUCUCUCGGCUUUAUCAGUCUCGUUAUUUUAAUGGCAAGAAUUUUUUAGAGGCUAAUCUGGGAACUAAUCCAAGCUAUUGUUGGCGCUCAAUCCUUGCAAGGCAAGCUGUUCUGAAAAGGGGUUGUUUCUGCCGUAUUGGAGAUGGCCUUUCAACAAAAAUUUGGCAUCAACCUUGGCUUCCGGAUAAGAAUGAUCCAUUUAUCCAGACUCCGGUCUCAGAUGUUCACGAAGAGGCUGUGAUUAAGGCGUUAAUUGAUCCAGAGUAUGAUUUGUAG